AUGCCUGGUGGAGGAGCAGCCUCUGCCUUAAUCAAACUGGGAGUUGUUGCAGGGCUUGGCGUGUAUGGAGUUGCUAACAGUCUCUACAAUGUCGAGGGAGGACAUCGUGCUAUUGUUUUCAACCGUUUAGUAGGGAUCAAAGAUAAGGUGUAUCCUGAAGGGACGCACAUAAUGCUCCCAUGGUUUGAAAGGCCUGUCAUUUAUGAUGUCCGGGCUAGACCACAUCUAGUCAAAAUCGGUCUUCGUGUUCUCACCCGCCCUGUGCCUGACCAGCUGCCUACCAUUUAUCGAACUCUUGGUGAAAACUACAACGAAAGAGUCUUACCUUCAAUUAUCCACGAGACUCUGAAAGCUGUUGUUGCUCAAUACAAUGCAAGCCAGCUCAUCACCCAAAGAGAGAAUGUCAGUAGGGAAAUCAGGAAAAUAUUGACCGAGAGAGCUGCCUUCUUCAACAUUGCACUGGAUGAUGUGUCGAUUACCAGCCUUACCUUUGGAAGGGAAUUCACUGCCGCCAUAGAAGCUAAGCAGGUAGCUGCACAGGAAGCCGAGAGGGCCAAGUUCGUGGUUGACAAGGCCGAGCAAGACAAGCGAAGUGCUAUAAUCAGAGCUCAGGGAGAGGCCAAGAGUGCCCAGCUGAUAGGUCAAGCUAUUGCCAACAACCCGGCAUUUAUUACGCUUAGGAGGAUUGAAGCAUCCAGAGAAAUUGCCAACACACUUUCUGCUUCAAGCAACAAGGUGUUCUUGAACUCGGAUGAGCUUCUUUUGAACCUUCAGGGUCUCGCAUUGCAAGGCGGAAAGAUUUGA